ACUUUUCUCUAUAAACGGCUAAUUUUAAAAUUCCGACUAGAACUAUAUUAUUCAGGUGGUUGUUAGUUAUUAGAUGUUCUUUAUUGAUUGUUUUUGGCCAGUAAUGAAGUCUUGAUGCUGUUCGUUUGUUUGGAAGAAGUAGCUCCUGGCAGCAAUGUAGGCUACAUUACUCGCUGCUGAUUUAUCCACUCCCAUCUGCACAGAACAAGCCUACCACCGGAUUCACUCCCAUAUCUGCACAAACCAACUCCACCACCAGAAUCACUCACCAUCUGACCAAACCGAAGCCUACCAUCAUAUCCACUCCCAUACCUGCGCAAACCAACUCCACCGCUAGAUUCACUCCCCAUCGGACCAAACCGAAGCUCAUCAGAUCCACUCCCAUAUCUGCACAAACCAACUCCACCAGCAGAUUUACUCCCCAUCUGACCAAACAGAAGUCUACCACCAGAUUAUUUUACCAUCUGCACAAACCAAGUUCACCACCAGAUCACACACCCCGCCUAGCCAAACCAACUCCACCAACAGAUUCACUCCCCAUCUGACUAUACCAAGCGAAGCACUAGAUUCACUCCCCAUUUUACUAAACCAAGCCUACUACCAGAUUCACUCCCCAUCUGACUAAUCCAAGCCAGAUUCGGCGGCGAGUUUCGCGGGAAUAAAACAUGCAUUUUGUUUUGGAAGAGGAUUAAACAAGUGAUCUUCAACGGUGUGUUGGUGGUCUGACUGCUACAGAUCCUCUCACCCCCAGCAAGGAUGAAUGACAUUCAGGAGGCCACAUCUCCAGCAGCCAGCAUGGGUGGUCCUGUCACCUGUGUCUCUAAAGUGGAACUUCGCGUCUCCUGCAAAGCUUUGCUGGACAGAGACACGCUGAAUAAGUCCGAUCCCUGUGUCAUUAUUAUGGUGCAGGCUCAAGGGCAAUGGACAGAGCUGGACAGGACAGAGGUCAUCAAAAGCAACCUGCAUCCAGUUUUUGCCAAGGUCUUCAUGGUGGACUACUACUUUGAGGAGGUUCAGAAGCUACGGUUUGAGGUGUAUGACAUCCACGGCACGCACAGCAUUGGGACCCGUGACGAUGACUUCCUCGGGGGUGUGGAGUGUACCCUCGGCCAGAUUGUGGCCCAAAAGAAGAUGGUAAAGCCCUUGCUGUUAAAGUACGGAAAAUAUGCUGCAAAGUCAACGAUCACGGUGCAUGCAGAGGAGAUUUCCGGAAACAAUGGAUACCUUGAGCUUUCCUUCUGUGCAAAGAAGCUGGAUGAUAAGGAUCUCUUCAGUAAGUCUGACCCAUUUCUGGAAAUUUAUCGGAUGAACGACGACGGAACUGAACAGCUGGUGCACAGGACUGAGGUGAUCAAAAACAACUUGAACCCGGUUUGGGAGCCCUUCAAAGUGUCCCUCAUAUCCCUGUGCAGCUGCGAUGAGGACCGGAAACUCAAGUGCCUUGUCUGGGAUUAUGACUCCAGAGGAAAGCAUGACUUCAUUGGGGAGUUCUAUGCAACUUUCAGGGACAUGCAGAAAAUAUCCAGUGGGAUCAAGGUGUCGUGGGAUUGUGUAAAUCCAAAGUACAAGCAAAAGAAAAGGAAUUACAAGAACUCUGGUGUUGUCAUCCUCAGCGACCUUAAGCUCCACAGAGUGUACUCCUUCUUGGACUACAUCAUGGGAGGAUGCCAGAUCCACUUUACGGUAGCCAUUGAUUUCACAGCCUCCAAUGGGGACCCCCGGAACAGUUGCUCCCUGCACUACAUCAACCCCUACCAGCCCAAUGAGUACCUCAAGGCCCUGAUCGCAGUGGGAGAGAUCUGUCAGGACUACGACAGUGACAAAAGAUUUUCAGCCUUGGGAUUUGGAGCCCGAAUUCCACCAAAUUAUGAGGUUUCCCAUGACUUUGCUAUUAAUUUCAACCCUGAAGAUGAUGAAUGUGAAGAGAUCCAAGGGGUGGUUGAGGCUUACCAGAACUGCCUUCCCAAGAUCCAGCUCUACGGGCCCACCAACGUGUCUCCCAUCAUCAGCCGGAUAGCCAAGCUCGCUGCAGGGGAGGGGACCAUUAAAGAUGCUUCGCGGUACCACAUUCUGCUCAUCCUGACAGACGGCGUGGUGACCGACAUGGCGGACACACGCGAGGCCAUCGUGCGCGCCUCCUACCAGCCCCUGUCCAUCAUCAUCGUCGGCGUGGGCAACGCAGACUUCACAGACAUGCAGAUCUUGGACGGAGACGACGGGGUCCUGCGCUCGCCAAAGGGAGAGCCGGUCCUUAGGGACAUUGUUCAGUUUGUGCCCUUCAGGGACUUCAAAACGGCUUCCCCGGCGGCGCUAGCCAAAUGCGUGUUGGCAGAGGUUCCCAAGCAAGUGGUGGAGUACUACAGCCACAGGGCCAUCUCCCCCAUGAGUCCUGGGAGGGGCCCCUCACCGCCCGCACUCAGCCCCCUCACCAGCAUCCCGACUGAAUGAACACGCCCACUACGCCAGCAUUGUCCCCGGAGACGUCAGCAUUAGCGAGGGGCUUGACGAGCGUCGUGUCUCAAGGGCAAGGAACACGUCUUUGAGAUUGUGACUGUUUGAUUUAUUUUCAUUCCUCCAAAGGUGAUAAAACAACAGAUCUUCAUUCCGUUCCCCCUACUCAAACUGGAUUGUUUUCUUUUGUUUCCCAGCAGCAUGCUGACGCUUGGCUCAUCUCAUGUUUUGUAUUGGAUGCAUGCAGGCCGUUCUCCUUGGUAACGAUGAACUAGGAACGCAGUGACGACACGCUUGUCACACAGCUGUCCACUGCAUCCCUUAAAGGUGCUGUAGGUAAGGUCUCACUAUCUUAAGGGUCAUUAGUUAGAAAUGCCAUUGUCAACCGUUGGCUAUUAGUGAAGGAAAGGUGCAGAAAGAAUAUCUAUUUUCAGUUGAGUACGCCUGCCUCUGAAUGAGCCAAUCAGGACAUCUCUUCCCUGAUUGGUUCAGGGAAUCCAUCUUGCUUGUCAAUCUCAGCUGCGUGAAUGCAAAAUAAACUGAGAAAUAUAGGGAGGGAGCGGAAAGAGAGGGUGUUUUUUUUGGUGGUUCAUUUUCAAAAACAUGCGCUCUACCGCUCUCUUCUGCUGUCUCACUUUACAAUGCUCACAUCUUACCUACAGCAGUUUGAACUGCAGCUUUAAUUGCUUGUUUCAUGGCUUACGUUCAUCAUUUUAUACAAUAUCUUCCAAAGUGUCUUUAUCUUCGUAUUACAAUUUGUAUGCUCACUGUACACUGCUUAGGACAACUCACCACUGGGGGACUACAGGGGAAUGAAUGCAUUAGAUGGAUAUAAAUUAAUUCAAUGGAGAGAGAUGAAUAAGAUGGAUGGAAGCAAUAGAUGGAUCAACAGUAUUGCACAUUCUAGCUAUUGUUGCUGGUGAAAUAGUGUGAAAUUACAAUGUUCUUCCUUUCUUUAUGAUUAGCUAUUACUAUGCUCUAUAUUCACCAUUAAGUUGAUGUCUGCAAUGUCAUUGGUGCCUAAUACAUUUCCUGAAUAUGUAAUUAAUGUGAAUAUAGUUCCACAAUUUGCAUUAUCUUUCAGUUUGCUAUAGCCUAGGUGUAUGUUAUCUUGCAACUUAAAACAAAUAAAUGGAAGUUCUCAAUGUUGUGGCCAAUGAACAAGUGAUCCUCAAAUUGAUAAUUUGAGGCUAUAUAUAUGUUUAUAUAUAAGUAUAUAUUAUAAGCCAUAAAUGUUCCAUUAAAUGAAUAUCAAGCAACCUGGUGGUUCGGAUCAGAAGAGUCAUGUACCUUUGUACCUAUGAUUAUCUUUAUCCAAGCAAGCAUUACCACGACAUGUUUUCAUUCUGCCACUUGGUGGGAAUGCCUCUGAAUGAAGAUUUAGAGUAAAGCCCGGAUUGGACAAAGUGAGAGGAUAAAUCAACAUGGUUCUGCAGCAUGUAAGACCUAUUUGCUUUAAAAAAUCAACAUGUACUUGUUGUGUCUGCAGAUGGGAAAAUAGUGUCCUAUGGUGUUAUGCAUUACGAUUUUCUCCUAUCUAUAUAUUGUUAUUCCUUUCGCUGAAUGAUCUCACUGCAUGUUACUUAAUCUGCUGCGCUGUGGAAGUCGAUGAUUUAAAUAUGAUUGGAUAUAAUAAUAUAAUGACUUUCAAAAUGGGAAAGGGGCUCAUCUUUACCGGGUUUUAUGUAUGUAGCAUGUAACCUGUCAAAAAAAAAAAAGUUUUUUUGAGUAUUUAUCCAACUGUUUGAAGAAAGAUAAAACAGCUAUUUUUUUCAUUAUUCCCAUCAACCAGGAAUCAAAAAGUUCAUGUGUCAGAAAAAUGAAUGUCAAUUAGGGUCCCAAUCACCACACAACUCUGUCCAAGGCAGUUCUCUUCGGUGCCUGCUACUUAUCACCAUUUCAAUUACAAUUUUCUGUGACUGAAACACCUUGUCUGUUUUUAUUUGUUCCUACAUAUAGUAAGGUACAUGUUUGCAACAUUUUCAAACUGCAUCUUUCUAAUUCAACCAUCUUUCUAAUUCAAUUACCAUUGUUGGUAAUGUGGUAUAAGCGGAAUAAACCACUCUGGGAAAUAAUUUACUUAGUGGUUAGCAACCUAAGGUGUUUUGAGCCCAACAAUGUCCGAUGUUGUAAAAAUGAUGGAACAUUAUUCCUCACACUAACAGGUUUGUGUGCAUGGCCUGGACACUUCCUACACUAUUCGGAUCAAGUAAUUAUCUUGCCAAGUAUUUGGCAUUUGGAGGUAUACCUUAAGAUUUAACCAACCUUCCCAAUACCGCGGGGCUAUUGACAGUAUUUAGAUUCAGCUAAAGGCAACUACAGCUUGGCUGGUGUUUGGAUAUCCUUUGAACUGCAAAAACAUAUUGAGAGCUGUCUGCCUCAGUGGGACACGGGCUGGCCUCCAUCUAUUCAGCUGGAGCACAUCUGAAGCUAUUCUCUGUUAGACUAUCUGAAUGGAAAUGAUUUCAGAUGGACUUUGAUCACACACAACAAGCACAGCAUCAUCUGACAGGAGUGUGUGUGUGUGUGUGUGUGUGUGUGUGUGUGUGUGUGUGUGUGUGUGUGUGUGUGUGUGUGUGUGUGUGUGUGUGUGUGUGUGUGUGUGUGUGUGUGUGUGUGUGUGUGUGUGUGUGUGUGUGUGUGUGUGUUUGUUUGU